UCAUUGUUGUGUGAUUGUGAAUGUUAAUUAUUGUAAAUUUUUUUGUUUAAUAAAAUAACUUUGGCAAUCUUUGUUUAAAAACAAUUUCGGCAGUUUGGUGUAAUUUUGAAACAGUGCCGUGAUCGAUAUGAAGCAAAGACAACAGCAGAAAUAGUGAAUUUAGCUGGAAAUUAUGUGAUUUUUGUGCGGCAAUUUUUCGACCAAACAAAAAUUUAUCGCCAUGAUCGGUAUCAACCAAGCCCUUUUAGUGUUGUUGAUAUUGUGCGGGUGCUGGUCAUUUUCUUCCGGCAAUAAUGAAUUGCAAGAUGAAUUAACUGCCGUCGUUGGAACAAAUUAUACCUUGGUAUGCAAUUCACUAACGGACAAAGUCUGGUGGUCGAAGGACGGAAAAAACAUUACAAUUAACAAUAAGAGAUAUUUCGCUGACAGGCGAAACGUUGCAGUUGACGAAAAUGGUCGCGAAAUUGACUUCGACGAACAAGCAACUAAUCAAUGGACACAUCUGCUUAACAUUACCGCGGUUGACAUAAAAGAUUCUGGCAACUAUACAUGCCACAAGACUGAUACAAAUGCCGAUGAUCAACACUUCAUCCUACAGUCGAUCAUCGAACCGAACGUUACGAAUCACAGUCCGGCUAGAACAAAAACCAAAAUCAGCACCUACGUUCUCCUAUUCUGCCUAUUCGAAGCGUAUCCGAUGGACAAUUUCAAGAAUACCAUCAAAUGGAUUAAGCUCGACGAUCCACAGUAUCAGUUGGGAAAUCGUACGCAGGUGGUCGUUUUGAAUGACACGCUGGUCAACUCUACGCUAGAGAUUUCCGAUGUUUUCAAGAAAGACAACGGCACUUAUGAAUGCUCCAUGGAAUCACCGUACACCGGCGCUGUGCAAAAAGUCCAGUCAUCCAUAUUGGUGUUGGAUGUGCCGCAAGUUAGCGUCGAUUUUGUGAAAGCGGUCGGAGCGAAUAAAAUCUUUCUGAAUUGGACCAUAAACGAUGGCAACGAUCCGGUGCAACAGUAUUUCGUGCAGUAUAUGAAAGAGGGUGCGUCCACAUUCACCUACUACAAUCACAUCAUCGACGGUCGUAACGUCUCUUAUGUGCUGGAGAAUUUCGAGCCGAACACCACGUACCAGAUUAAGAUUGCGGCGAAAAAUGGCAUCGGUUCCGGACCGGGAUAUGUCUAUCCGCACAAGGUCAAGACGCUAGAAAGUGAUCCGGUGUUUAUACCGAAAAUCAGUGUCAAGGGCAACACCCAUUCGACCAUAACCAUUGGAUGGUCGCCUCCGUCACCGGAUAUUUUGGAUUACAUUCAUUACUACGAACUGGUUGUGGCUGAGGCCGGUGACAAUUCGACAAUUAUCGAAGAAGCCAUUCAUCCGCAGAACAGUCGCAAUCUGCCGUACAUGUUUGACAAUCUGUCAACGGCCACCGAUUACAAAUUCAAAGUGCGAUCGUGCAGUGAACUAACCAAACAAUGUGGGAAUUGGUCGGAUGAAGUGACCGGCACGACGAUGGACGGCCUGUCAUCGGAACCAUUGAAUUUGAAAAUUUCCUGCUUGUAUUACAACAUUUCGGGUCGGACGAUUGUCUCAGCUACGUGGGAUCCUCCAGCGAAACGAAACGGCAAAAUCAUGUCGUAUCAGAUCAUCUUGAACGGUGUGUCGACAUUCCGAAGCGAUCGGGGCAUGCGAAAUGAAACGUACGGUCCGAAAGUUAAGAAUGUGGAAUUCGAACGUGCCGAAUACGACAACGUCCCACCGAACACCAAUUAUACGUUGCGAGUGUCUGGAGUGACCAGAAGCAAGAAACCUGGUGAUUCUACGUCGGCAGUAUGCUUAAUGCCGCCGACAGUGCCCGAAACGGUGAACAGCAUAUUGUGGGGAAAAGUCGAAACCGAGGUCGGUGACUGGGUGUUCAAACUGUUUCUGUCACAGGUUUCCGAGCGAAACGGUCCCAUUUGUGGCUACAGAAUUUAUUUGGUGAAAAUGGGAACCGAUAACAAACAUCUGCCAGCACCCGAGGAUCUAGACGUCAUGACGCACGCUGAAGCUCAUGCGCCGAAUAAUUCCCAAGGCGGUGCAUACAUCGCAGAAAUCUUCCCGAACGACGAUUUUCAAAAGGAAGUCAUUCUCGGCGACGGACAUCGGAUCAACGUGAACGAAACGUUGAUUAACCGUGAACCGAACAGUGCCUGCCGGCGACUACUCAAUGGAUACUACGUUCGUUCGACACGCAUUCGUGUCACAACACCAACACCAGCGCAGAGUGACGAUGUCACGGAAACACCCGUUCCGCCACCGAUGUCAACGCAAAAGGAACGUUUGGAUAAGGCCGGUAAUCUGACGUCUGAGGCGUCGAAAAUUCUGAAUUCGAAAAAUCGUCGUCGAAAGCGUCAACCAACGGACAAUGCUAUUCCAACGGGUGAUGAUGUUAAAUCGACUACCGUGUCGUCCAUUACGAUCAAUUCGAAUUCAUUUGAAAUAUUUGACGGUCCGUUGGAUCCAUCAUCGAAUUACACCGGAUUCGUUGAAGUGAUCGUCAAGCUGGACGACGAAGAUAAAAUCAUAUCGGCAUACAGCGGUUACUUUGAAACGAUGACCGGAGGACCAAUAGAAUCGUCAUUGUCCGGCGAUACUUCCAUUCUAAACACCAUCACCCAAGUACUGUGCGGAAUGAUCAUACUCUGCCUGGUGCUCCUAUCAACACUGUACAUAUGGCAUCGAUACAGCAAAACAGCGGCACAAGGAGACGAAGUGAUCAGCUUAAGGGAUUCGUUGAGUCGAGCGCUAUGCGGUGGAAGAAAUGGUACGAAUCAUCGACAUUUGAUUGGUUCGUCGUCAACGAAACCGGCUGACAUUGGACCGAUCAGUAAGACGGAACUGCCACAAGCGUACGUGUCCCGGCACAAGGACACCGACUACGGCUUCUUGCGUGAAUACGAAAUUUUGCCGAAUCGAUUCAACGAUCGCACAACUAAAAAUUCGGAUGCCAAAGAGAAUGUGUUCAAGAAUCGAUAUCCGGACAUCAAAGCCUACGAUCAGACACGGGUUCGACUGGCGGAGAGAAACGGUUCGAUUGGCUCGGACUACAUAAACGCGAAUUUUGUGUUGGGCUACAAGGAACGGAAAAAGUUCAUUUGCGCACAGGGCCCGAUGGACAGUACGGUGAACGAUUUCUGGCGAAUGAUCUGGGAACAGCAUCUGGAAAUCAUUGUCAUGCUAACCAAUUUGGAGGAGUACAACAAAGCGAAGUGUUCCAAGUACUGGCCGGAGAAGGUCGACGACUCGACGAAAUUCGGCGAAAUUACCGUGACAUUUUUGGAGGAGCAACGGUUUUCCGAUUAUUUGAUCCGAGAUCUGAAAGUGACGCGUCGCAACAACAACGAAACGAGUGAAGACGAAGAACGGCAUAUCACCCAGUACCAUUAUCUGGUAUGGAAGGAUUUUAUGGCGCCCGAACAUCCGCACGGCAUUAUUAAAUUCAUACGACAAAUCAAUUCGGUGUAUUCGUUGCAACGCGGACCAAUUCUGGUACAUUGCAGUGCUGGUGUUGGUCGUACCGGCACAUUGGUGGCAUUGGACUCGUUGAUGCAACAACUGGAUGAUGAAGGUCAGGUGUCCAUUUUUAACACCGUUUGUGAUAUGCGACACCAAAGAAAUUUCCUUGUUCAAUCAUUGAAACAAUACAUUUUCUUGUAUCGAGCACUACUUGACAUCGCUCAAUACGGUAACACUGAGCUUCCAGCUAAAGGACUAAGUGCUGCCGUUGACAAUCUCAAAGCUCGUCCGACUGAUAGUAAAGAGCAAUGCAAAUUAGAAAUUGAAUUUGAGAAAAUCAAAUCCAUAACCGACGAGUCAAACAAAACGUGUGCGAUCGGUAACGGCGAAGAGAAUCGCAGCAAAAACCGCAGUGAACUUGUGAUACCAUUCGAUCGGAAUCGAGUCAUUCUGAAUCCGAUUCCGGGACGCGACCAUUCAACGUACAUCAACGCCUCGUUUAUCGAGGGCUACGACAAUUCCGAAUCGUUCAUCAUCACCCAGGAUCCGUUGGAGGAGACGAUACCCGAUUUUUGGCGUAUGGUGUCCGAACAGGGAAUCAACACGAUUGUCAUGAUAUCGGAAAUCGGUGAUGGGCCGAAGAAAUGUCCGCGGUAUUGGGCUGACGAUGAGAUACAAUACGAUCACAUUCUGGUUAAGUACAUGCAGAGUGACAUUGGACCGUACUACACGAGACGGGAAUUCAAUGUGACGAAUUGCAAAAUGAAGGACACCAUCAAAGUUACCCAAUUCCAAUACAACGGGUGGCCGACCGUUGACGGAGAAGUACCAGAAGUGGCUCGCGGUAUGAUCGAACUUGUCGAUCAGGCGCAGAACCAUCAUAACGACCAAGAGAACUAUGGAAGUCCUGGACCGAUAGCGAUUCAUUGCAAUUAUGGAACGGAGAGGAGCUCCAUCUAUGUGGCAUUGUGUAUACUAGUACAACAUUUGAGGACUGAGAAGAAAGUUGACAUCUGUACAACGACACGGAAACUGAGAUCGCAAAGGAAUAUGCUGUUAGACACAUACGCUCAGUACGAGUUUCUUCAUAGGGCUAUUGUUAAUUAUGCCGAUCUCCAUCGAUUGUCGUUAGACUCGCCAUCAGAUUGCUAAUAACAUUUACGAUUUAAGAAACUUUUUUUUUUAUUUUUUUCUAUAAUCGGAACCGAUAGGAAUGGAAAGUAUUUUGUAAUUUGUUUUUUAUUUUCGCUGUGUAAUUGAAUGUAAAAUUUUAUUGAUUUUUUUUUGGUGCAACGAAUGCAUUACUGCGGAACAAGAAAAAAAUAUUUUAUUGUACAUUGAGCGAGGCACAUGACGUGGAAUGAAAAGUGUUUUUUUUUUCUAAUUACUUUUUAUAAAACAGAAAAAAUGAUAAAUUGGGAAACGUAGACUUCUUUCGUAAAAUAUUACCCUUAUAUAACAUACGUUUUCACGACAAUAUAGAUGUUAAGUGACAUGGUGAGUUUUUUUAAGUUAAAAAAUUGUGUUCCUUUGUCGUUAUAAUUUCGUUCGAAUUAUAAUUUAUUGCAUUUUGAACAAGAUUUUAAGUUACUUUUAACCUUAGACAAAUUAUUGACCAAUGCUCCAAGUCACUUUCAGUCUUUCAUAGGGCCGCAGUUUGAUGCCUACGCAAUAUUCUCGCAUUUCCUGAUACUAAAUAGUCAUUCUUUUACCAAAGGGAGAUAAUAAAAAAAAUCCUUCAAGAGCUAUGUUUGCGACCAGAGCGAAGCGAGGACCGUAAUUCGCUCUACUUGUAAACUUACUAUUUCUCCUCGAAGUGAAUACAAAGUUACAUAUCCACGAAAUUAACACGUCAACUUCUUUCAUCGUUUUUCAAAACAAAAACAAACAAACAAACGGAAGCGUUCGGGUGAGUAAUUUUUUCAAGUGACAAUAGUUCAAAAAAAUCUCACCUGAACUGUCAUCAUACCAAAUGUCAACAAAACGCCAUCUUCGGAUCAAACUUGAGCGAAGAAAAAACAGCUAUUCACACCGUGAAAAAACAUUUGUUCUACGAGUUUUUUUUUGUCCUAAGGGUCCUAAAUAGAUAUUUGGCCUAGUGCCUAUUUCGGCCGUCACACAUGGUAGACAAUCAAAAUUUCUGUCAAAUUGAAGAUAUUGAUCGGAAAAUUUAAAAAAAACCAGUCGUUCCCACGAACCGAAAAUUCAAAAAUUUUUCUUAUCGAGCACUCCAAACCUGUCAAAAAAAUGUUUCGCCCUUCGGGGUCAAAAUUACUGGGUAUUAUAACUAGUGUGAAAACGUAGGCCUCAAAUCGUGACCUUAUGAUAGCUUAAAAUUGCUGCGAGGAUCUAUUAUGAUUGGUCUAAGGUUAUUACGAUAAAAAUUUACCAAAAAUUUAUUGAAAAAAAUAGGAAACUCACUUCGCUUAAAUGAUAGUCUGCGGAUUAUUCGUAUCUUUAGAUAAACUUUUUGUUUCGAACUUUUAGUGAUUAGUUUAGGAUUUUUUAUUUGCGAAAUAAUAACAACAAAAAAAACGAAGAACCACUAAAGACUUUAGUAGCUUCGGUACGGUAUGAAUGAGAAAUAUUCAUAGAAAAUGGCAGAAAAUUCACAACCGCACAAGCUUCCAUUCACCCAAGAAAAUACAAUGUUGAUGUCUAGAGAAUCGUUGAACUUAUGUGAUGUAAACGUGUAAAAUGUUUGUUCUGUGAGAACUUUCUUAUUCCUUCGUAACAACAGUCUGUGCCAUAAAAUUAAAAAGAAAAAAGGAAAAAUUAAGCCUGAUUAACAAAGUCGACUCAUGCGAUUGAUGAGUCACAAUUUUUGUAUAAUUAGUAACAUCCAGUCCCAGUGUGUCCCAGUGUUAGCUGUAAUAAUCGAACAAAUACAUUCCUCGCAUGAGCCCGCAUAUUGAAGAGUCACAAAUAACUAUAUGAAGGAGUUGUCGCUUGCACAUUGUGAAGUUGGCAUUUUCUCCCGUUGUUGCACUCCCGUUUAUUGAGUUGAUGUCGUUUCAGUAAUUUUAAAGGCUUAGGAUUCAUCAGUAAUAAAGUCGACCGGGAACAGGGAACAGUCAACCUACAGUGUCAUAAUAUUGUCAGUUUUUGUCGAACCGAAGCGAAUCAUAUUUUUUUGAAGCCUGAAUUUCAACCAUUUUAACGCAGAACGUUAUUCAAAUUCUAAGCAAAAGUUGGUUCGACAGUAUGUCGCUAAAGUGCGCACAUUUCGUCACAGUAAUUAGUAAUAAUGUAACACCCACUGCAGUUUAUCAGCCACAUAAAUCUUGACUGUAUGGCCCUUUGUAGGCGCGAUAAAUAUAAAUGUCUCGAUAUAUGUUUCGACAGUUUCCAAUUUCCUUAUAGGUUGCUGUAUGUUCUGAUGUGUGGAUUACUUUCUAAAAAAAUCGAUGAAUUUUUGUGGCGUUCCGAAGAACAAUUUUCUGCUUAGGAUAAUGUUUUACGUCGUUGAAAAAUAAUUUGUCAAAAUAGCCAAACAUAAUUGUUGUUAGCACCCAGAACAUGCAGAUACGUGACACGUUGUGCUUCAUUUAUUUUAUUGAUUCUUUUUAGCCGUUGAUCAGUUUGAAUCGGUAGACCCACAAUUGAUAAAUCAUUUACGCUGUUACUUGACGGUCGAAAUGCUUUAUGCGCACACACGCCAAAUGAGAAUGAAAUCGAAAUUUAUGAUUUAUGAGAUAGUUUGUAGAUAAGACAUCUUUGAAACCACAACUUAUUAAUUACAAAAUAUAUUUUAUUCACUAAACUAAUUCAUGAACAUGAGCCACCAUAAUUCAUUUUCUUUCUGUAUAAUCUAGUCUUACAUCUGUAAUCGGUUAGUUUGAUUGUUUUAUUUUUAUUUUUUUAAAUAGACAUACACGUAACAUUAGUUUAAGUAAAACAAAGGAAAAGUUUAAAAGUAAUUAAGUGGCCUGGAUAAA